GUGUAUGUUGACAUGCCUAAGAAGAUGGCAAAAAUAUAAAAAAUGAGCAAAAUGAUUUCAACUAUUUAUGAUUUGGUCGUAUUGUAAAAGGAUUGCUGCGGCUGCCCAGGCAGGUUUUGUAGUUGAUUUCUAUUUUUAUGGGCCGAUUGUGACAAUAGUGCGAGGGGAACUCGCCGUCGCCGUGGAACGAAAGAAAGAGGGGGAGUGGGUUGCAAAUCGCUGUGUUGUAGGACCGAGAAGGCGGACAGUACACAUGACUUCCAAGGAUAUGCUUAGUUUUCUUACUCAAAAGCUCAAAUCUCAGUCCAUAAACGAAGUUCAUCCAUUCCACGAAAAGGAGGUAGCAGACGACGAGGAAAGAGACUCUGGAACAGAAUCUGAUGACGAGAUUGCAGAACUUGAAGACAUAGCUGAAAAUCUUGAUGAUGACCGCCACCGCCACGACGGCUCCAGCUACGGGUCUGCGUCUCCAGUGAACCACCCGACUCUCGACGACAUGGAGUGUCUCAAGACGCACGAGAUGACGGCAACAUCGCUCACGUCAUCCACGUACACAUCAUCAUCGUCAUCGGAGUGUCUUGGCCUUGACAUGGUGGGAGGAGGCGGCACAUGGGGUGACGGGGAGCAGCACAGCUCGGAGGAGGAGCUCGCAGAGAUCAACGACGGCGACUGCGGCACCGAAACGAGAUCCAUGAACAACGCCCGUCGCAGCGUCUGUGAUAGUGCCGGGUCGUCCGACGAUGAGGUGCGGGAACUGUUCGACCCCCAGCCCGUGCUGUUUCGGUCGUCGCCACCUCAGAGUGUUCACAAACUUGUCGGUGUCACCUCGGCUUCGGCGGCACCACCGGCUUCUCCUUCGAUGACGGCGGCCAAGUUAUUUCUCACCAGCAUGAGCCCCAUCGCGGCUGUGGCUGCGAUUUCGUCAUCGUCGCGCAAGCGGCACAGACAACCGUCUACCUCAGAGAGUUUGAGUGAUAUGGAAGCUACAGCUGUGAUGCAUAGGCCCUGUCUCGACUUCGAAAAAAUGCAGAAAACCUCCGUUAAGAAACCAUGUGUACACAACUUUGGCCGGCCCAAAAUUGUAAAGAUCAGGACAAUGAAUGGUGCCAGCCGAGUUCCCAAAUGUCUCUUUGAUCCAGCCAUAUUCUCGUUCCGGUCAAUCAACCGCGGUUACAGCGCCCUCACGCCCGUCGAAGAACCAUCAUGUGCGUACUGACACCUGGUGAACAUCGCUGAAACCAGCGGACAUGCACUAUAUUGUAUAUUGUAUGACAAUGCAAGUGGACCUAGUGUCUGAAUGUAUUCAUACGCGUACACCACACCUGGUCCACUGUCAAAAUGGCAGCCUUGACCGAUAGCUUCACAGUUGCAGCUUUCCUCACCAAAACGGACAUUUUUCUUGUAAAGCAGAUGAAAAAAACAAAUCCACGGUGCUCCACACCGCCUUGGUGGAAAAUAAAAACAAAACAUUAGAGGAAGAAGAUAUAUAUGUAUAUAUAUUUUGAACAGUUUGGCAACUAUACAAUUAACGUCACUAGCUUACUCAGGACAGAAAAACAUCUGCUGGGGUUGGAUGGGGGACCCCCCCCCCCCCCCCCCCCCCCCCUCACAACAGUGAAGGCUGCAUGAGGCUCGAAAGAAACAAUACUGAAUUUGUGCUUCACUAAUGUACAGUGUGUAGAAUGGCAUUAUUUGAUUUGGGCCUGAUGAUGAAGAAGGCUGCUUACCAUUGGAUCAGGGAAAUGUGCUAUUUAAUAUUUUUUGUCUUGUGAUAUUUAAAGCUUUCUUUUUUUUAUGUGCUACAAUUUCAUGUAUUAUUGGAGAAGUAAAAAGUCCUGCUGUAUAUGCAUGUAUAUUUGUACAUGUAUGUUUUAAAAUAGGAGGUAAAAACUUACUGUUGUCUAUAUGGUGCUAAAUACCCUAACAGACUAAAUCAUUUACGUAAUUUGUCAUUGGAUUAUCUCCCUUAUCGGACAUCUUAAUAAUUUAUUCAUCAACAGCACUUAUUAAAAGAUUUUUUUUUUAAAUGAUUGUAGAAUUUGUUUUUAACAAAGGACAGCUAGAUAACAAAUAUUCUGGAAAAACAUUUAAAAAAAAACAUUUCUACUACAUAUUUAUUGAGUUACGUUCACUCACCUUUAGAAUAAUUUAUUAAUUUUAACUUUAUUUUCUUGUUUAUACCCACUUAAGAUUCAAGCACACUGUCCUGGGCACAUAUCAACUGCCUGGGACAUCUAUCCAGAACAGUGGGUUAAUGGUUAGUGUUUAAUGAGAGAAAUGUUGGUGGGAGCCAGUACCACAAUACGAACCCAGUACGUACCAGCUUUAAGUCCAAUGGCCAAAUCACUACAUGGCCAAGGCUGGUUUAAAAUAUUAUCUAAUUCUCCCUUUUUACCACCUAGUAAAGUAACAGUGGGAUGGGUAAUCCAUUGAUGAUAUCUGGUAACAGAGAUAAUCUAAUCGCACAUUUCCUGUGAUUUGUCGAUGUCUGUGAAGGCAUUUAGCACUAUAUAUUGCUGUAAACAACAGGGUAGGCCUACAUCUGAAUUGAAAUUUAUUAAAAUCUUUCCUGAAAUUUAACAUAAGUGAACUAGAGUAUAAUAAUGAUGGAGAUGGAGAUUUAUAGGUUUCCAGGGAUUUAUCCAGGAUUUUUCGCUGGGGUGCAUUGUCUGAUGGGAUUGAGAAAAUUUGUGCAAAUUAAUUGUAAUUGGGAUUGAGUCUCAAGGUCAUUGAUUGAUGCAAUGCUCCAUUGUUAAAUGAAUUUAUUACAACAGACAUAAUUACACAAAUAUUUGCACUUCAAUUUGGGAAGCUUAGGUGCCACUUGCUUUUGGGAUGAGGCCAAUCUUCGGUACCACAGAACGCCUGGAUAAAUCCUUGGGAUCUUGUUUUAAAAUAAUGAAUGCUGCCAGCUAUAUUUCAUUUGUAUUUAGAAUUCCUUCUCAACACAUCAUUUAAAAAAAUUGUUUUUUUAAUAAAUUAAAAAUGUAAAAGACAUUUAUCGGAACAUAAAUUUACAGUUAUCAACAUUUUUACAAGCAUACAAACCAUAUGCU